AUGGAAAUUCUACAGGCUGGAUCCCUUCUUCAGAUUCUCAGACUCAAAGUGGUCAUUGAAGAUGUGAAUGAUAAUGAUCCGGAGUUCCUGGAGAAUAAAAUAAACCUCCAGUUUUCAGAAAAGGACAGCAUAGGAACACGAAGACCUAUUCCAUCCGCCAUUGACAGAGACGUGAGUGUACCUAAUUCUCAGAUUACGUACCAACUGAAAAAAAACACCGACGACCCAUUUGCUCUGUCUUCGUCUUAUUUAGAAGAUGGAAAUUCAGAACUGAAUAUCUAUUUGGAAGAGAAGCUUGAUCGAGAGGCUAAAGAUUCGUAUAAAGUUCAGGUUAUCGCCAAAGAUCAGGGAAAUCCUUCCAAACAAAGCGCUUUGGACGUUUCUAUCACCGUUACUGACUGGAACGACAAUUUGCCGGAGUUUUCGCAAAAUAUUUACAAUGUGACUAUCAGUUACGAUGAGAACAGGAAUUUACCUAUUGCCGUUGUUACAGCUACAGAUCUGGACAAAGGAAAGAGGGGGAAGAUCACGUAUCGGAUCAGUUCGCAGACCUCAAAAACAGCUAAGUCCUUCUUCAGAAUCAAUCGAGAAACGGGAGAAAUAUUUUUACAAAAAGAGUUGGAUCUGAACCAGAGUGCUUUAUAUAAACUUUUUGUCAAGGCCACAGAUGGUGGCCGCUUACGUCACACGACCCUCAGCAUUGUCAACGUAAAUGUGGUCGGCAGCAAGAACAACGCGCCAAAUAUAGAAGUCAAUUUCAUCUCCGGAUCGACCGAGAAGAACAUGGCUGUCAUUUCAGAAGCAGCCGAAAUAGGAAGCUUCAUAGCCUACGUUAAGGUGACGGAUGACGAUCCAGGUGAGAACGGGGAGGUGAUAUGUGACCUUCGACAUAGUCAUUUCCAGCUCCAAAAUAUGGGCGUUCAAAAAUAUAAAGUCACUGUGAGAAAUCUGAUUGACAGAGAGACACGGGACCUUUACGAAAUCACAAUCGUCUGCCAGGAUAAAGGUUCCCCACCUUUACAGAGCAAGCAAAAACUCUCUAUUCGUAUUUCAGAUGUCAACGAUGUCCGCCCGACUUUUUCUCAGAAAACUUACACAUUCCAAAUCUAUGAAAAUCAGAAAUCGCAAAUACCGAUCGGAUUCAUCAAUGCCACCGACCCUGAUCUCGGAGCAGGGGGUGAAGUGACUUAUUCAUUACUCAAAAAUCCCAAAACAUUUCUACCAUUCAGAAUAGCAAAUGGCGCCAUUAUUAUCGCCACCCGUUCGUUAGAUCGCGAAUCAAAGGAGCACUACAGGUUCAAAGUUCUGGCGAAGGACAAUGGAACACCAUCGCUAAACAACACGGCCACCGUUCUGGUCAGAGUACUUGAUGUAAAUGACAAUGCUCCGCGUUUCACGUUUCCUGACGUCAAUCCGUUCCACCUGGAUAUAUUUUAUCAGGCUCAUCAAAGAAAUAUCACAACGCUCAAAGCAGUCGACAUGGACGCUACGGAGAACACCCAUCUGAGUUUUAAAAUAAUCAACAGUGAUUAUCGAAGUCUUUUUGCUCUUGACCGUCACUCUGGACAAUUGUUCUUUUCACGUCCACUUUCAGCAAAUGAUAGCAGAACGUACAAAUUGCUUCUUCUUGUGAAAGACAGCGGAGUACCGAGCCUAUCAUCUACAACUAACCUUACCCUGGCUCUAGUGGUUGAAGCCGGGGAUGUAAGGACAUUGACUGCUGUGAAAAUCACCAAGGAUUUCUCUUUGGCUAAAAACGCGCAAAUGGUCACUGCACUUCUGGCGACGGUGGGUUCGCUCUCCCUGGCGAUUCUUAUUUUGAUCCUAGUCCUCAAAAUGCACCACCUGAAGGCCGUCUGUUGCAACAGAGGCGGUGCGCUGUCAUCGGAAAAUGAAGGAAGUGGAGAGAACCUGGGGAAGUCGACUAAGAAGGCGACGUCUUGGGGAGACAUUUCAUUAGACUUGAAAAUGAAUCCUUGCGUCAGCGAAGAGACUCUACCUAGGAAGAGUGAAGACGAGACUGAAACGGAUGAUAAAAAAGAAAUUUUAACCUCAGACGAAAAUCUACAUACAACAUCCGAAUACGACGAUCCAGUAACUUUAAUCGAAACAGAUUUACCUGACUCAUCAGAUGAAAGUAACUGGGCCAAAGCUACAGACAAUAGUGGCUUGGUUCUGGCAAUGUCUCCUCCGUUUGAUGGCAGUGAUGAAGAAGUUGGAAGUAAUGGAAAGUUUAAAAAAAUGAGACAGGUUUUAAAUCCAAAUUAUUACACAUCCCAGUGUUUGAUUCCAACUAUUUCAAGAAUGGGACAGCCCCAGAAUAGAGAUAAAAAUACUUUACGUCAUCCUGGAGAUAAUACUGAUAUCCCCAAACAGCACAAAGCAAUGGUACAUGAUGAUUUUUGUCACCCUGAAGAUAUUACCCACAGAUCCCAAAAGCAAUAUUCCCACUCAAAGCUUCUAAACAGACCAAUAAAAAAGAAGCAGAUCCCAGCCCAUAAACAGCAAUCCAAAAUUCCCUGCCUACCCCGACAAAGGAACCCAGCCCUAGAGAAUUAUCCCAAUGAUGGCAAGCAAUCAACACAAACUCCACAACAGAAACUGAAUAUGCCAAGAAGCAUGUCAGAACAGUCCUCCAUUUCUCUGCAAAAUUCAUUUUCUGAUGAGACUGGAUUGACGCCAACCCAAAAAACAAUUAGCUCAGUUAAACAACGUGGAAAACCUGUGCCUGUGGAAAGCCUCCCAAGAUAUCAGCAAGAAUUACUUCCACCUAAAGCACCACCAGACAAGAAAAUAAAGCGCCCUGAUACUGAAGCUUCUGGCUCGUACCAAUAUUCCAUCUCCAUCCCAGAUUCCAUUACCAAAACAAAUUCCAGAAAGUUUCAGUAA